AUGCCUCGGGUCUCACGAGAGAUCCCUACACCGACCCGGGUUUUUACGGCUUGUCAGCAUUGUAAAGCGAAAAAGGUCAGAUGUAGUGGCACCCGGCCUUCAUGCGAUAGAUGCACUAAGCGACGCCACGAUUGCAUCUAUCUGCCUCAAACGGCGCAUGCCCGCAAACGAACAAUAAACACCAGCGAGGACGAGGGGGGGGAAUAUGAGGAUGAGAGGGCGGACGAGGGCGCGACAUUAGGCCGGGAACGCACACCUGGUGCUAUGGAGACGGGCCGCCCAAAGAAGCGGAGAAGGGACGUGGAAGUUGGGAAGCUCACAUAUAUACCAGGUGGCGACGUCGUCUCCUUCAGCUUCUUCGGCCCAAAACAAUCACCAAGACUCUCAGACAUGUCCUUUGGUACCGUGUUCACAGAAUCACCGCCUUGUGCAACUGGUUUUGGCCAGAAUGUCCAACUGGGUCAAAACCAUAUUCCGACUGACCUGGACGCGACAUUGCCCGAAGGACCCGAUCCUGGCCAGAACAUGAAUCGGCAUUUCGGCUCUCAAGAGGCGAUACCAAAUUCACUGUCUAGCGGCCAGCCAGCAACGGUGAGACAGCCAUCUAGUCUACCAACACCACCGUACAAUGCCACGGAGCCACCACCGACAAUGGCCCCGCCCAGUCUCAACGACAGCAGGACUUUGCACCCUAGUACGACUCCGUGUGCUGAAGCAACCCCUCAGACUCCUAGUGGUGGUCUUCGCACCCAGGGAAGCUCUGCACCUGUGUCUCAUCUCGCGGUGCAUGGCAAUGGACAAUACUCCUGGACACAAGGGUAUCUGCCGAAUGUUGUAGACUUCGACAACACUGCUCAGGCUAAUCUUAGCGAUGACAUAUUUUCCUAUAUCAAUUUUGAAAACUCAACUCAAAUUACAGACAUCUCAAUCGACGACUUGUGGGCCCAAUUCUCUAAUAUAGCCAAUCAACUGCAGUCGAGAGGUAAAUCAACAGAGACGGCGAAGGGCAUUAUGGCAGAAGAGUUGCGGAGGACGCAGGAGAUGUUGCAAACAGCAAACGCGAAGAUCGACGGGAUAUGUUUACAGAGGGAUACGGCCCAGGCGUUCAACCAAAAGUGGCAACGACGGGAGACGGAGUGGAAACAAAGGCAGGCCAGACUACAAACCAAGAUUGAUGAGUUAGAGGAUACGGCCCAGACGGCGAACGCGGAAUUACAGGCUGCAGAGACUAAGAUCCAAGAGUUGCAAAAGGGCACUGAAAAUUUGAGGACGGAGAAAGCCGAGGCAGUGCAAAGGGCAGAUGAGGCAGAGGCGAACCUCGAACAACAUCGUGAGUCGUGGGGAAAGGUCUUGAAAGCAAUACCGCCGAAUCUACAGGCUACGGUGAAUGCUUCAAGAUCGACGGGGGACUCCAGUCGAGACAACACAGGCCGAGAAGAGCGGACUGGAGACCCAAGUCAAGACAGCGCGGGCCGAGAAAGACCGGGCCAUAAGUGA